AUGCCGCAGGAAUGGCGCGGGUUUGGGUCAGAGCGGGAAGCAGAUGGGUAUUUCCUGCUGUCAGCCCCGGUGUAUCAGCCCGGCCGGGCAGCUCGUACGCGGAUCCCGGCGGCGCGGCAGGCGCUGGCGGGAGGGGACGGGAAGGCGGGCUGGGGGAGGGAGGAGGGAGAGAGAGGGAGAGCAGCCUCUAACCCUGGCGCCUCCGCCACCGCCUCCCAGCAGGACUCUGAUCGCGAGCAGCCGCCGAGCGCAGCCCGCGACGGAGGGCGGCCGGUGCCGCUAGCGCGGAGGCCCCCCCCACCCCCCAGCCCGCGCCGCUCCGCCCCACGAGGACGGCGGCGCGCCGAUUGGCUGGGCCCGGAGGUGAGGCUGUGGGGUGAUGCCGGCCGCCCCGCGCAGCGCCGGGACACAGACAAAGGCUGCCCAAAGGCUGUCCGGAGGCUGCCCGGGCUCCCCCCGCGCCCCCGGGCUGGCGCGACGCGGGAUGGCCGCGGGGGAGCCGCGGCUCUUGGCGCGCUGCUGGGAGGUGGCAACGCGAGCCCGGCCGGGCGCCCACAGACCCCGCGCCCUCCCCGCCCCGCCGCCCGCUCCAACUGGCGCUGGGGCACGCGGCGCGCGGAGGGGCGGAGCCGAUGUCACGCUCGCCGCGCGCCCGGCAGCCAAUGGGCGGGCCGGGAGAACGCGGGCAGCACGCGGGGCCCGCGUGUCCCGCGGCACGGGCUGUCAAUCACCCGCCAGUCUGUCACUCGCCCCGCCCCGCCCGCCGCUCCCCCGCCCGGCGCUGUGAGAGCGGGCCCGCAGCGCCGCUCGGUCACGGUGCCCCUCACCGCCGCCCGUGCCCGGGCCGGCACCGGCGCCGGGGAGCGUUCUGCGGCCGCCGCUGCCUUGUCCCAGGCUUGGGGUGCGAGGGAGUCGCCGCCGCACUGGAACGGCUCCCCUGCGGCCUCAGCCCCGCAGUUUCUGCCGCCAGCCCCGAGCCCGCGCGGCCCGGCCCCCUCGGGAUGCCCGCGGUGCGGGCUGCGCUCCCGGCGCCCUCCCCCGGUGGGGGGAGAGAGGCGGAGCCGGCGUGGCCGCCGCCCGCCGCCUUUAUCUGGCGUGGCGGCGCGGGGGGUGGCACUGGGGAACACCUUGUUGUAA